AUGGUGCCUCAACAAAAUAUGGAUGCACGAUCAGAAAGUCCAACCAGCAGUGGACAGCCCUUAUUUGGAUCCCAGCUAGUUGACAAAAAUUCUUCAACCCCCUACUCUGACGCAACUCAGACUAAAAAGAAUAAUCCCAAUCAUAUCAAGAGACCAAUGAACGCGUUCAUGGUGUGGUCUCAGAUUGAACGCAGAAAAAUUUGCGAAGUUGCACCAGACAUGCACAACGCAGAAAUCUCCAAAAAGUUAGGUAGGCGCUGGAAGCAAUUGCCAGAAGAAGAAAGAAAGCCCUUUAUCGUAGAGGCAGAGAAGCUCCGACAAUUGCACCAAAAAGAGUAUCCGGACUAUAAGUAUCGUCCGCGAAAAAAGACUACCAAACCAGCCCCAAAAACCACCACCACCACCACAACUAAGAAGGCAUCUAAGAAGUCGAGCCCCAAGGUGCAAAAGAACGACACAAACAAUAACAUGUCUUCUAUAAAGGAGAAACUGUACGCCAGACGCGUAUCAUUAAACAAUCAACAAGAAUCGGUAGCUUCGAAGCUCAAGGGACGACUUACAAGCACCUUCGACAACCAGAUGGAGUUCACGCAGAGUUUGCCAGUGGCAACGCUGCCGCCGAUCUGCAUGUUGGCUAAAGUACCGUCGAGUCCUUCCUGCGACAAUCCCGAUUCGCCCGAAAGCGCAACAAUUUACGACGAUUCGCUGACAAAUUACAAUUUGGUGAAAGACGAACCCGACGUAGAAGAUAGAAUUAUGAUGGAUGACACUACCACCUUAGAAGAUUUGGACCGACUAGUAGAACUUCUGCCCAUGGAAGAUAACGAACUAGACAUACUUGGCGGUCCUUUCGAUACCAACUUCGAUUCGGCCUCAAAUAGUUCCGGAUCGCAUUUAACCUUCGCCCUACCUCGGGAAUUCCCUCCUAACUUCAUAAUGGACCCAAACUGGAGCGAACUAAUGAUUAACGAUUGUUGA